UACUGAGAACAGUGUAAAAGUGCUGUUUCUUCCUUUUUCUCAAGGUGUCACUAUUUGCCUGUCUAUGAGAAGGCUCUUCUUCCCUCCCCGCGCCGUUUUAGAUGUAAAGAAAGCUUCACAAUUCAAUCUGCGCAUCCAGACAGAUCGAGAAGCGCUCGAAUUACUUCUGUUUUUGUGCGUUGCUGUUUCUACCACUGAUUUUUUUUGUGGAAUAUAACCAAGGGUCCCUGUUGUGUUUUGAAAACAUUUCCUAUGUGCCACAAUGGAGCAUCGGAUUGUGUGUCUCCUCUUUUUGUUCUGGAUCGGAGUGAAUGGAGACGUGAGCUAUUCGGUGCAGGAGGAAGUGAAACGUGGAUAUGCCAUUGGAAAUGUAGCGAAGGAUCUGAACCUGGACGUGGGUAAAUUGUCACUACGGAAUGCUCGUGUUGAUGCGGCAGGGAAUCGGAAGCGAUAUUGUGAUAUCAAUAGAAGCACAGGGGAUUUAACUGUUUCCGACAGGAUUGACCGAGAGGAGCUGUGUGGAGAACGAUUGUCUUGUGUAAUAAAACGCGAAAUCGUGCUGGAGAACCCUCUGGAAUUGCAUCCUUUCAGUCUGCAUGUUCAAGACAUUAAUGAUAAUACACCUCAGUUUAACGAAGCGUCGUUUGCAUUUGAAAUUCGAGAGUCGGCAGCAAAGGGAGCUCGUUUUUUAAUCGAGGAGGCGCACGACGCGGAUGUAGGACAAAAUUCAGUUCAGCAGUACAGACUUGAAAAAAACGAAAAUUUCAUUCUGGCUGCUAAUGGAAACACAGUGGAGCUUGUUUUAGAUAAGGAGCUUGAUCGAGAAAAACAAAAGGAAAUGAAUUUACUCCUUUCAGCUCUAGAUGGCGGAUCUCCUCAGAGAUCAGGUACAGUGGUCAUACAUGUAACUGUACUGGAUGCUAAUGAUAACGCCCCAGUGUUUAGCCAGGCCGUUUAUAAAGCCAGUCUGCCUGAAAACUCUCCUAUAGGUACUGUAGUGAUAACAGUGAGCGCAACUGAUGCAGAUGAGGGAGUGAAUGGAGAUGUGACUUAUGAUUUUGGACAUGUUUCAGAAAAAGUAAAGAAAGUUUUUGGCCUUGAUCCUAAGACAGGAGAAUUAAAACUCAUUAGCGAGAUAGAUUUUGAAUCGGUUGCAACUUAUGACCUGCGCAUUAAAGCGAAAGAUGGCUUGGGAUUGUCAUCUUACACUAAAGUGACUGUACAUGUCACCGAUGUAAAUGACAAUUCACCUGUUAUUUAUAUAAAGUCUCUAGCAGACCCAGUACCUGAAAAUGUGUCUCCUGGCACAGAGGUGGGCAUCAUUAAUGUACAGGAUGUAGAUUCAGAUAACAGUCAAAAUGUCCGCUGCUACAUUCAGCAAAAUGUCCCUUUUAAGUUGAUUCCUUCCAUUAAAAACUAUUAUUCUCUAGUGACUACAGGACAACUAGACCGUGAAUCAUUAUCUGAUUACAACAUUACAAUCAUUGCAACUGAUGAGGGCUCUCCACCUCUGUCCUCCUCUAAAAACUAUUCAGUUGUCUGUAGUGACAUCAAUGACAACCCUCCUGUGUUUGAGGAACAGUCCUACAGCGCAUAUGUUAGUGAAAAUAACAAACCUGGGUCCUCUUUAUGUAUUGUUUCUGCUCGAGAUCCUGACUGGAGAAAAAACGGUACAGUGAUUUAUUCUCUGUUACCUGGUGAGGUGAACGGUGCCUCGGUGUCCUCCUAUCUAUCUGUUAAUGGAGACACAGGAGUGAUCCACGCUGUGAGGUCAUUUGACUAUGAACAGUUCAGGAGUUUCAAAGUCCAAGUGAUGGCCAGAGACAAUGGUUCUCCUCCUCUCAGCAGCAACGUGACUGUCAGUGUGUUCAUAUCUGAUGUGAAUGACAACUCUCCUCAGAUACUGUAUCCAGCACCAGAGGGCAGCUCCUUCAUGACUGAGCUGGUCCCUAAAGCUGCACAUGGAGGGUCUCUGGUGUCCAAAGUGAUAGCAGUGGACGCAGACUCUGGACAGAACGCCUGGCUGUCCUAUCAUAUAGUCAAAGCCACAGAUCCUGGACUUUUCAGUAUUGAUCUCCACAGUGGAGAAAUCAGGACCCAGCGGGACAUUUCAGAAUCUGACAGCAUGAAACAGAACCUGAUUGUUGCAGUGAAAGAUGGACAGCCCUCUCUGUCUGCCACCUGUUCAAUGUAUUUACUGAUUUCUGAUAACUUGGCUGAAGUGCCAGAACUGAAAGAUAUUUCUUAUGAGGAGAAAAACUCCAAGUUGACCUCUUACCUGAUCUUUGCUCUGGUUUCUGUGUCCACUUUCUUUCUGACCUUCAUCAUCAUCAUCCUUGGUGUGAGGUUUUGUCGCAGGAGAAAACCCAGACUAUUGUUUGAUGGAGCAGUAGCCAUUCCAGGAGCUUAUCUUCCUCCAAAUUAUGCAGAUGUUGACGGUACAGGAACUUUACGCAGCACCUACAAUUAUGAUGCCUACCUGACAACAGGAUCCAGAACCAGUGACUUUAAGUUUGUAUCAUCUUACAAUGACAACACGCUGCCUGCUGACCAGACCUUGAAGAAAAGUCCAACAGAUUUUGCUGAUGUGUUUGGAGUCUGUGAUGAUUCCCCAGAGGUAUGA